ACCACUAUAAUGACCAUGUUAAACAUUCAAUGCACAUCUGUACGUUAUUUAACAAGCUGUUUCUGUUUGGCAUGGCAUGACAAAGAAAAACGCGGAAACAAUGGUUAUUUUUGGUUUCAGUGCACGACGAUGUGCGGUAGAUACUGUAGAUGAUGCUGCUAAUGUGAGUAAUACGAGUGUUUUAGCUUAGCCUAAUUGCUCACAAUUUAAGAACGUAACAAAUGGAGGAUGAAGAAAGGUUAUGCAUCUCCAGCUGUUGUUCGGACUGGAUGUCCGAGAUGCCCUCUGUUUUUUGGGACAUACCGCUGUGGAAUCUCGCUAUACCCGGAAGUCAUGACACCAUGACUUACUGUUUAGAUGAGCGGUCUUCAGUAGUGAAGUCUUCGCCGUGGGUGUUGCAAGUGUUGGACACUUUACUUCCCUGUAUCGUUCGACCAUGUAUAAUGAAAUGGGCGACAACACAGGAAGAUAGCAUCUCUAACCAGCUGGAUUUAGGCAUUCGGUUUCUCGAUUUAAGAAUAGCUCAUAAACUAAAAGACCCUGAUAAAGUUUUCUACUUUGCACAUGGGAUCUACUCUCUUCUGACAGUUAAGGAAGCACUCACAGAAGUUGCUCACUGGUUACAUCAGCACACCAAGGAAGUGGUCAUUAUUGCUCUUUCUGCCUUUGAUGGCAUGAACCUGGAUCAACACAAAGACCUCAUUCAAUUCCUCAUAUGCACAUUUGACAAUAAAAUUUGUCCCAGUCACAUCAUACCCUCACUACAACAGUGUUGGGAUCACAAUUAUCAGGUUAUUCUUUCAUAUGACGACCCAGCUGCUUCUGGAUACAAGGAGCUCUGGCCACAGUGUGAAUAUUGGUGGGCAAACACAUCAGAUCCAAGCCAUGUCAUAUCCUACCUGGAGGAGCGGAAAGCGGAAGGAAGACCAGGUCAGUUUUUUGCUGCUGGUCUGAACCUAACUGAAGAUGCCAAGUAUGUUCUUUCUCAUCCGUUCCAGUCAUUACAAAGCAUGACCAUGAGCUCUUAUAGUCUGCUCCUGAAUUGGGUCAAGCAACAGUGCCCUGGCCCGGGUAAAUCAUGUCUUAACAUCAUCUGUACAGAUUUUGUGGGGGCCUUCAGCAAUGAAUUCACCAACCUGGUUAUUGGACUCAAUCAAACACUCUUAAAAGAGACCUGACCCAUGAAUCUAACAUAAAUGACUUUACAUACAACUGUAGCAUCUUUUUCACAGUUUUAUCUUGCGCAUUCUUGUUUAUUUUUAGUGGAAGCCUUGUUGUUUUAAAAUUUUACACAUAAUAUUUUUUUCUAGUCUUUUAUGAUGAUCCCUUAACUUUGACUGGGAAAACAAAUUGUGCAAUGCUGCCAUCUACAGUCAAUCCAUAUUUAGGUUCUUGUUUGAUACAUGCCUCAAAAUAAUGUUCCUUAAAUUUUCAUAGUUGCAUCAAAAUUUUGAAAUGUCAUAAAGCUAAAUUUCUUUCCCGAUUUGUCUUGUAUAUUUGACAUAAUGGAAAGGACAGUUCAUAUAAUCAAAGACUAAGUGGCUCAACAUAUUAUAGCAUUACCUGUCCAAUGAGUCACACUUAAUAUAAGUUACAUCUAAUGUCCUGUCAUGACUUCAUUUAUUGUUGACACUGUGCUUGGCUUUCAGUCUAUGUUACAUCUAUAAGUUACAUGUAUCUGUGGGGUCUAAUUUUAGAUGCCCCUUUGAAUGCACUCUCAAAAGUCCUUAACAUUUAUAGUAUCUACUUAAAUGAUAAUCCAGUUUGCUGGUGCCUUUCACAUUUAGUUUGUGUGUUUUUGUGUAGGUUGUAUGAGGUAAAUAAACAUGUUUUGACUUUUA